AUGACACCGACACAAAUGCUAGGAACCACAACAAGCGGCAUCAGUUUUACAGUUGAUACAAACCAACCAGCCAUUCUUACUUCUCCUACUCAGAGUAUUAAUAAUAUAGACGGCUCACCUUCGAAUGCUGCAAGAAAUGAUAUUUUUACCAUUGCAAGGAAUUUUAUGGUUGGGUUAAUUGUUGGCAUGGAUUUUGGUAACAUUUUACAUGUAUAG